CAAAACUAUCCCAAACUUUGUCGCUGAAUAUAUAGGAGUGAAAACAAUAAGAGAGAGAGAGAGAGUUGGUCUUAACUUCCAAGUCUGGGCUUUAGUUAGAUAGCCUUUUUUUUUUUUUUUUAACUUUUGUUCCUUAGUUUUUUGUUGAGUCAGAAUUCAGGAAUGAGUGUGUGUUUUCUUUGAGGAAGACCAGACCAAAGGCCUUGCCUUUUGCAGAUGAUACUACUGCUCUGAAAUAUAGUGAUUGCAAGCAAAUUUUGAAAUGCUAAAGAAGUCUCUUUUCUUGGGCUCCAAAGUGUAAUGCACAUCCUCUCUGAAAUCUAUCAUGUAACAUUAUGCUUUGCAAUGGGAGAUCAGUUUCUUUCCUAGUCAUGAUGACAUCUGCCUAAAACUCAUGAGCCAAGUUCCUGAACUGUUGGGGUUCAUUUGAAGUUGGAGACAGGCGUCAACUAAUUUCUUAUUUUACCAUUGAGGAAACAUGAAGUUUAGAUCAAAGAAAGGAUGGAAAUCCAUUAUGCCUAUUCGUUUGAAAAGCAAAUCAGCCACCCGUUUUUGUGUGUUUCCUAAGAUGAAGUCAACUAGCUAUGGUCCAGGCAACACACCAGUCUAUCUCAAUGUAUACGACUUGACUCCCAUGAAUGGCUAUGUCUAUUGGGCAGGCUUUGGUAUCUUUCACUCUGGCGUGGAAGUUCAUGGUUUAGAAUAUGCAUUUGGAGCUCAUGACUACCCAUCAAGUGGUGUUUUUGAGGUUGAACCUCGGCAAUGCCCAGGCUUCAAGUUCAGGAAGUCGAUUUUUAUUGGGACUACAAGCUUGGACCCUAUUCAGGUGAGAGAGUUCAUGGAGCGCCAAUCAGCGAGCUAUAAUGGUGAUACAUAUCACUUAAUUGCCAAGAACUGCAAUCAUUUCUGCAAGGAUGUAUGUUACAAGCUGACUGGAAAAUCAAUUCCAAAAUGGGUAAAUCGACUGGCAAAAAUAGGUUCAGUAUGCAACUGCAUACUUCCUAAAGCCCUCAAGAUCUCUGCUGUGAGGCAUGACCCUAGUUACCAACUGUAUGAUAGUGAGAAGAAGAGGCUACGAAGUGCCUUCAGUUGCCUGUCUUCUAUCUCAAUGAGGCAAAAGCAAUUGUCUACGUCUUCAUUGUUUCUACAAUCACCCUUGAAAGGCUGCUUACCACCAUGGGAAUUGAGAAGGUCUAACAAUGGUUCCUUGAAAGAAAGAUGAGAAAUCGCUCAGACGGUAUGCUAUCUAAGGAUCUUUUUAGUGUAGUGACCAACUUCAUUAGCUUGUUAAGGGAAAAAAUUGUUUUGUGUGCCAGCACUUGAAGGCUUGCCAUCCCUUAAUUUCUUUUGACUUAAGUUUGAGGAGUGAUGCUUGUCAUCGAUGUAACACUAUGCUGUCAAAGAAGAUACUAAUCGAUUCCUCCACACAGAAUAUCAAAGCAUUGCCCUUCUGUAGCUGUAAA